AUGUCCCGGCCCAGCAGCAAAGCCAUUUACUUGCACCGGAAGGAGUACUCCCAGAGCCUCAGCUCAGAGCCCACCCUCCUGCAGCACAGGGUGGAGCACCUGAUGACGUGUAAGCUGGGGACUCAGAGAGUCCGGGAGCCCAAGGAUGUUCUGCAGCAGCUGCAGGAGAUGGAUGCUCAGGGCCGGGUGUGGAGCCAAGACUUGAUCCUGCAGGUCAGAGAUGGCUGGCUUCAGCUGCAGGACAUCGAAACCAAGGAGGAGCUGGACUCUUACCGUCUGGACAGCAUCCAGGCCAUGGAUGUGGCACUGAACAUCUGCUCCUACAACUCUGUCCUGUCCAUCACUGUUCAGGAGUCAGGCCUGCCAGGCACCAGCACUCUGCUCUUCCAAUGCCAGGAAGUGGGGGCAGAGCAACUGAGGACCAGCCUGCAGAAGGCCCUGGAGGAAGAGCUGGAGCAAAGACCCCGAUUUGGAGCCCUUCAUCCACACCAGGACAGAUGGAGGCCACACCCUACGGAACGAGCACCCUCUCCAGAACAGGGGCCCCCUCCAGAACGGCGCCACUGGAUGACCCCAGAGCCCAGCAUCCCACCAUCAUCAAGGUCCCUGCCACUCCAGCCCAGUGUCCACUGGAAUGCCUCCACUCUGCCUCCUCCAAGGCGGUCCCCAUCCCCUGAGGACCCACAGAGGGAUGAAGAGGUGCUGAACCAUGUUCUGAGGGACAUUGAGCUGUUCGUGGGAAAACUGAAGGAGGCCCAGGCAAAGACCAGCCAUAAGAAGAAGAGGAGAUUUCUGAAAAAAAAGCACAAGGAUCAGGGGGGGAUAACACAGGCACAGUACAUUGACUGCUUCCAGAAGAUCAAGUACAGCUUCAGUCUCCUGGGGAAGCUCGCCAUCAGGCUGAAGGAGACGAGUGCACCCGAGUUCGUGCAUAUCCUCUUCCAAACUCUGGACUUCAUCCUGGACCAGUGCCCUGAGGAUGGCCUAGCAGCCCAAGUGAUCUCACCCCUCCUCACCCCCAAAGCCAUUGACCUGCUGCAGUCCUGUCUAAGCCCAUCUGAGAGUGACCUCUGGAAGGGGCUGGGUGUAGCCUGGACCACCAGCCGGACUGACUGGACAGACAAUGAGCCCCCGCCCUAUCUACCCACAUUCUAUGAUGGCUGGCAGCCUCCAGAGCCCUCCAACCAGGCACCCUUAGGAUACCAGGACUCUAUUUCCCUCCGGGGAAGUCCUAGGUUAGGGAGCACCUCACAUUUUGCUAAGGAGGAGACAUACAACGACGAUCCUCAGUCUGGGGACCCCAAGGUCUGGCCCUCCAGCCCUAAACCUGUCAAUUCAGCCCUGAAAAUGCAAGUCCUGUAUGAGUUUGAAGCCAGGAACCCACAGGAAUUGACUGUGGCCCAGGGAGAGGUGCUGGAGGUUCUGGACCAGAGCAAGCGGUGGUGGCAGGUGAAGAAUGAGGCAGGACAGAGCGGCUACAUUCCCAGCAACAUCCUGGAGCCCCUAGAGUCGGGGUCCCCCUGGAGCCAGGGCCAAUCGCCCCCUCGGGCUCCAAUGCUUCGACUUAGCUCCAGGCCUGAGGAGGUCACAGCCUGGCUGCAGGCAGAGAACUUCUCCAGCACCACAGUGAAGACACUCGGGUCCCUAACAGGGAGCCAGCUGCUUCGCAUGAGACCUGGAGAGCUGCAGAUGCUAUGUCCACAGGAUGCCGCACGGGUCCUGGCACGCCUGGAGGCUGUCAGAAGGACGCUGGGGUGCAGCGCGGAGCCUCAACCUCGGGUCCACUCCCCCAUCUGCCGCGCUCCUGCCGGGCAUUCGGGUGGGGGGCUCCUGGCCCUGAACCCCAGGGCGGGCAGAAGUCGCGCCUGCGUGUUGCCCUGUGGGCGCGCGGGCGGCGUGGGGGGAAGAGGACGGAGCCGGGCGGAGUCGCGGCGCUCACGUUGA